AAACACGCAUGCACUAGCUAUUCAAACUAUAACUGUUACACAGUUUUCCGAUUAAUCCUUUGAUGCUGCACUUGGUAUGAAUGUCGAGGCACCGGCCUGCGUAGGGCUUAUCCUCUCGCCUUGUUAGCGUAUCCAGGGACAGAUUGUAGCUUUUGUCCGACUAACAUGUUUUCAUCGUUAUCAUAGCUCUACGUUGCUUGAUCGGCUGCCCAACCGUUGCGGCAGAAGCCACAAACAACCUAUUACCAUUUCUAAACAAAGUUAAACUAAGCAAUCCUAUAAGGCGUUCUUAUUGUAUCUAAGGAAAGUCAUGGAGGAGGAGGAGUUUAGCUUGGAUGAAGCGCGCGAGACCUUGUUUAUGCUUCAGCGUGCAUGCGAGCGCCACGCUGCUGCUCUGGGGAAUGCUGUUGACUCACUAAACCGCAAACAGCCCGAGGACGCGUGGCUUCAGGACGUGUUGGAUGAAGCGGUCAAGGGGGUCGCCUUCCACCAGCAGCAGCUAGCUUCGUUCACUACCUUCCACUCGCGCGUGAGUGCUUACGUGGAGGCAGUACGAUCCGAAGCAAAUGAGCUAGCCAUUCAAGAGCUGUCCGGACGCCCCGACACCAUUGAUGAGCUGCAGGAGGAUGCGGGGCGGAAUCCGGGGGCAGCAGCCGAAGCGGCUGGAGCAGCAGAUGACGCGGCAGCCGCCUCCUCCUCCGGCGCCGCCCCCUCCCGUCCCUCUGCGGCCGCCUCCCGCCGGCAGUCCAGCAAGAUGGUCCACCCGGAGCUGCAGAAGUUCAAACUGGAGAAGCAAGCCAAGAUUCUCGGCAAGUACGGCGGCGUUCCGGCCCUGGGUGCGGGGCUCGUGCUCCCGCGGUUACAGCGAGACUCCAUCCUCAAGGCGACUGCCAGUCCGGCGGCCCGCGAGAUCCACUACAGCAAGGUCGAGAACAAGGACGCAACGAACCUGGCGGAGGUGUUCCGGUUCAAGUCGCGCAAGAAGGAGGAGGGCGACAGCAGCCCCGAGUCCGGCCCAAGCCCCUGGCAGUCGGAGCUGAGCUCGAAGAAGGGCAAGAAGGCGCUAGACGGUACGGACGAGAAGGACCAGGUCACCCCCUCCACCCGCACCCACACCAUAUACGCGGAGGAGCUGGGAGGUGUGCUGCAGGAGCGGCAGGCGGCGCUGCAGCAGGCGCUGGAGGCGGAGCGAGUGGCCUCGGCCGGCGGGGGCGAGCAGGCGGGGCCGCACAUCUCCGCGGCCGCCCUGGGUGAGCUGGCGGCGAAGCUCAAGCAGCGGCAGACCGCGGCAAAGCAGAUGGAGGCUGCAGCUGCUGCCGCGGAGGCAGAGGCCCUGGAGGCUGCCGCCACGCCCGCCACCCCCUCCUGGAGCAAUGCGGCGGCGCCGUUUGGCGGCGAGCUGGCAGCGGCGCUGCAGCGGCGCGCGGAGCAGCAGCGGCAGGCGGGCAGCGGAGCCUCACCGCCUUUGCAGCAACAACAACAGCAACAGCAGCAGAAAGCCAACGGUAGCAGCGAAGGAGGUUCUGGGCAACCGCAGGCACAGUCCGUCCGGCGUUCUGCGCCGCCCGGGCUGGAGGCGAUGCUGGCAACACCGCCCGGAGCCGCACAGUCGAAUGAGUUGCAGGAGAAGCUGCGCCGCCGGCUGUCAACCGUGGAUGCGCAAGCGCCCCCACCAGUGGCGUCGGAGGCCCGUUAGGACCAAUGAGGGAGUUUGAAGUGGCUCUGUAUCUUAGGUUCGGCGGUAGACGUUAGCUGACCGUUGGUUGACGUAGCCGACAGGUAGAUGUUAGCUGACAGAAUGCAUUUGAUUUUUCGUCCGAGCUGUUGCUCGCAGUUUUGGUGGGAUGAGUUCUUGGGAGGUUGCAGACAGUAAGGAGGUCAGCAGGCUGGAAAUGCAAGGCAUGCAGCGGCUGUUUAGGUUACAUGGUUUCACAGUGAGAAUCCAGAUGAGGUUGCUGAGGAGGUAUAGGGGUUGCGUGGAAUGCGAAAAUCCGUGCCGAUUUUAACUACCGUAAUUUGCCGUAGCAUGCCAACUCUCCGCGGCUCCCAUGGCGAACUCGCCUUCACUGCCGCAACUACUAGACCGCACGACAAGACAGAUCCCCUCCGUGCAGCCGAUCAUAACCCGAAGCACGCGCUAGCCGGCAACACUAUGUGCAGGCUGUAAACAUUUCUAAUCCAC